UCCUACCCAGGAAUCAAACCUGUGGCCUUUAGGUUACAGUACCAGUUCCUUACCCAUUAUACCACAUUGCCACCCCCCGAUCUCAGGUCCCGACCUCAUUUCCGUGGAUCACGGCUGGGAAUCAGUUCUGGGCUGUGGUGGUGGUAGUGGAGGAAGGGUGGAAGGGAAGGCUGGGGGCGGUUCACAGCUUGGACAGGUCCCGCGUCUCCGCCGGGGAUCCGUCUGGCUCCCGCGGAGCGGACUCCUGCCGCACAAAGGCCCCUUUGAGAGCCGCCGGCGGAGGUGCUAGAAGUGGAGACGCGGUAGGAAAAUCGGCAGCGGGGUCUGACAUAUGGGACAGACCUGUGAAAAACAAACAGCCCGAGCGGGCUCUUCUCCUCUUCCCUUGGGUCCCGGCAGAGCUGCCGGACCCGCCGACCGGAGAGGACUGCAGACACGGCUUGCAGGUAGAACCGCACGGAACCGUCCGGAAACCGGCUGUGCCAGAGCAGAGCCCAGCCCUUGUGAAACCAUGCCUCGUCUGUGUGUGAUGCUGCUGGGGUGUAUCUUCCUGCUGGGGCUCUUCUGUCUAACGGGGGCAGAGGAUGCUGGGAAGGGUGCAAGCGAGGAAGGCCAAGCAGAGACCAGGGACAAGCGCAGCAUGCCCAACUGGAGCCUGACGUCCUCCGACUUCUUCGCCUGGGUGGAGAACCUGCGAGCGCACGCCGGAUACGACCGCAUCGAGGACCUGGCGCGGACCUUCUGGGCCCACUUCCCUUCUGCCAACCAGCUGGGCUACGACACCCCGGAUUCUGAGGAGUGAAGAGCAGAUGUUAGGAUUACCCCUGUCAACACCCCCCCCCCCCCCAAAAAAAAAGGCCAGGGGUGCAGCGUGCUGUUUGAAAAAAAAUUAUAAAAAUAUACAGCUAUAAAUAUACAGAUACAUCUUCAUCCUGGUGUUUUGUAUGCAGACACCGGCCAAGUCGUCAUUGGUAAAUAAACCUGUAUAAUCACAAAUAACUAAUCUGCUUGUUAAUUGUACACCUUUUUUCAAAAACUUUGAUGAGCAGAUUUGUUUAGUUCUUUCUUAAAGCUACUAUCUUAAAAUGCUAUUGCUUUCCUGGUUUCACAAAUUGUAAGUUUGUUAAUAGCCCAGCCCAACAUUUUAGUGAUAGCUCUUCACUAUAAAAAUAAUAAUAAAUAUUAAUGGUGACAUGCAUGAAUGAGCUGCAUUGAACCACUCUGUGUCACUCUGA